CAGUAACUACGAAUAAUUAUUAUACAUGGCGCAACUAGUCUCGUAAACCAGACUUAACGGCCCGUAUGAAGGUAAGUCAUUCAACCAAUUUAGAACCGCAACAACUUUACUCGAGCUUGUUCAGGAAUUAUCGGACCAUUGCCAUACAGAAGAAUCAUCAACGUAGAGCACGUACAACAAGAUUUUUUGACGCACAAACUCUAAAUAUUUGUCAUGAUGAACAAGAACUGGACUGAAAAGCCGAAGAGCAAUUCCCACCGCCCAUCCACAUGACGCUGUUCCCAUACGACUCGACUCGUCUAUCUAUCUUGAAAGACACGUAUUGUGCUGACGAACAGGUAUGACUAUCGUUCACAACGUUGCCCAGAGUGGUUUUGGCUCCGGCACAAACGAACUCUACGAUCGCGCGCGGCCAUCGUACCAAUCCAACACCUUAUCUGCGAUAAGGGAGGCAGUAAAGGCUACCGCCCCGUUAAAUGUUAUUGAAAUUGGUGCCGGAACAGGUCUGUUCACCAAGUCGCUCCUCAAGCAUCCAGAUUUCUCCAGUGCAAUCAAAGAAUUGAGGGCCGUGGAACCUAGCGCUGGAAUGCGCGAAGUUUUCGUCAAGACCGUUCAGGAUGAACGUGUCUCUGCGAGGGAGGGAACAUUUGAUACCACUAAUAUUGAAGACGGCUGGGCCGAUCUUGUUACGAUUGCUCAGGCAUUUCAUUGGUGUCCAGACUUUGAUGCUGCCUCUGUCGAGUUUGCCAGGAUCCUCAAGCCUGGUGGUGUUGUCGCCUUCAUUUGGAACCUCGCCGAUAAAAAGGCUGCACGAUGGGUCGCUCAACUGAGGGCCCAAACUGAACAGCACGAACCACUGGGCACUCCACAAUUCCGUCAAGGCCUGUGGCGCAAGAUUUUUGGCACGGAUUCUUAUAAGAGGUCCUUCGAACCUCCAGUAGAAAAAAGCUGGGCGUAUAGCUUACCCUGCGACGUCCCUCUCGCGGUCGAUAGAGCCACGACCACGAGCUACAUUCAGAAUUUGUCCGCCGAUGUCAAGUCUAAAGUAUUGAACGACGUCAAGGCCAUUGUAGAGCGAGGCGAUGAUAAAGUCUGGAUUGACGAGAGCCAAGGCAUGUUCGAAUAUCCUUACCAGACUUUUUUGGUUAUCGCGCAGAAGAAAUAAUAGGAUCAAAUGCAUAGUAGUUUCCUUCGGGUUCGAUUGAAAACGAUAGGCAGGCAACUCAUGAGACUUCCAUCGUCGCUCAUUGGACCGACAACACCAAAGCCGGAUGAUCGAUUUCUGACAUGAGGCCGAAGA